CUAAUUUGCUGCCAGCUAGUAGCCAAUAAAGGAAAAGGCACCUUCUGGUUAAUUGGAUGCUCCUUAAUUAAGUAGCUUACUGUUUUAAUUUGGUUCAUUUUGUGAUCGCCAGGUAUCUGGGGUGCAUUAACUUCUUUUCUCGUGUUGAUAUUUCUCUUUCUUGGUAGCCAUCAUGUCUCCUAAGAGAGUCCCAGCGCAGCCUGCCUUGACCGUUCCGCCUAAAAGGACCAUUCGGGGACCUUCUCAGUCGCUUCGAUCCCCCUCGACUGGUCAAGCCUCAGGGCGUCUGCAAUCUUUGGUUUCGAGCCUGGCGGGUGAUCCAGCUGCUUUGGCUCGCUUUGCUUCUGAAGUAGAUGGCCUGAUCCAACGCUGUAGCGCCGGGCCUAGCCAGCAACCGGCGGUGACCACUGCGGCUGCAGUUUCUUCACCUUCUGAUUCCGCAUCUAGCGAUGAAAAUGAUCUGCCCAUGUCUGGUGUUUUGUUUUCUGAUUCUCAGUUUUCUAGGAAUGCAGGCUCAGCCCCUGCAUCUAGUCACACGCGGGAGGGCAGAACCCCUUCUCGGCGCACAACCGGGAGGGGGCGACGGGGAAAGGCCCCUUCUAGGCAUGGGGGGUCUUCUAGGCCAGGGUCAGUUUUGCAACCCUUACCUAGUACUUCCGUGGGUUCUGAUCAGUCACCUGCCACCUCUUCUCAGUCUGUCCCAGGCACUGCACUUCAAGGUCCAGCAUCAGAGUCUUCUGAGGAGGACAGCCUACCUGUGCCAGCCAAGUCCUCUUCGGGCGGCACACGCCGCCGCAAGAAGUCUUCUGGAAAGCGUGCGAAGAGAGGGCGGAGGGACACCUCUUCAUCAUCAGGUGUGGCGGCUGUUCGCAUUUGGAUGGCCACAGCAUUGUCCACUGGGCCAGCAUCAGAGCGAGGGAGUCUGGACUUGGACCCAGUCUUGGCCUGCCUCAUCACGUGCAGGUGUCCUGGCUGACCAGACGUGGAAUGCUGUGGGCCGAAUUGCUUCCCCUUGUUCGGAAGCACGUGAAGUUGGAAGGGCCCCCUUCAGCUAUCGUGCUCCAGUUGGGGGAAAACAAUCUGCCCGCCACAGACUGUUGUUCUUUACGCUUUACAAUUCAAAGGGACUUAGUUGAAUUGGCAGAGUUUUUACCAGGUGUGAAAGUUUUUUGGUCCCAGUUGCUGCAGAGGCGCACCUGGCGUGGCAGUCGCUGUCCAGCUGCCACUGAAGGAGCCAGAAAGCGCGUUAAUAAGGUGGCAAUGAAAACAGUCAUUGCUCAUGGUGGUUCCGUGAUUGCGCACCCCAAUAUCACCUUCAAGGAGGCCGUCCUUUUCAGGGACGAUGGUGUGCAUCUUUCCCCGUUGGGAAAUGACACAUGGUUAAAUUCUGUUGUGUUGGGUUUGAAGGUGGGGUUGCAGUUGUGAGUGGUUGGCGGCGAGCUUGAGUGCUCGGUGGCGGUUAGGCAUUGGUUUAUGGUUUGGUUGGUUGAGGGGCAGUGGUUGAGUGCCUGCC